GCAUUGCAAACAUGGCCUCAAUCUUGAAAGGAGGAGGAGUACUACUUGCCUUGGCUCUCAUUACUAUCAUCAUCCUUGGCUCCUUUUCACACACCAUACCGUUGGUUGAUGCCCAAACCCCAGCAGCUACAGAUUGCAAUUCAGCAGUACAGAGUGAAAUACCUGGGUGUGGUGAUGGUGGAGGUGGAGGUGGAAGUGGAGGAUCAUCGAGAACAGAAGGAAGUGGCCCAACACCUGCAGGUGCGAGCAGUUGCCGCGGAGGUUGUUGUGGUCAGAAUAAGUUUGGAGACUGCAUAUGUUGCGAGUAGUACGGAGGCCGAUCUCCUUAAGUUAUCAUAUAACCUGUCUCUGUCAUCAUAAUCCCUUGUUUAGGUUGGCAAAAUAAGAUUUGGUGUCCUUUCUCGCUU